AUGCGUGCAUAUCUGUUUGGCGUUUUCUUAGCAGCUAUUCCCCUGGCAAGGCAUUAUGUGCCUAUUUUCUUUGGAUGGGACGAGCCACCAUACUUAAUAAAAGACAACAGAACACCCAUUGAUCUACGGAUUCGUUUCCUUAUUGAACCGAGCGUCCGAGAAAAUAUACAACUAGUUAUAAUGGUGAACUCGUUGCCACACAACUCUGUGGAACGUCAGCGAAUUCGCGAUUCUUGGGCAAGGGAAGACUUAUAUGACGUGCAAAACACGAAAGUUUUGUUCCUAACUGGCAAACCAGCCGACAUUCAAGAAGAGCAGUUACUGAUGAUAGAAGGAGAGCGCUUCCAAGACAUGGUUGUUACCGACAUUGAAGAGGACUACUAUUCACUUUCCUUGAAGACAUUCCAUAAAGCAAAAUGCCUCGUGAAAGCUGACUCGGACAAUGUUCUACUUAUCCCCAAUUAUGAACGCCUUUGCGAUGAAAUAAAGGUGAAGCGUGAUCGAACGAAAUGGAUGGUGCCUGAGUCCGUAUAUCCACAUCCAACGUUCCCAAAAUACUGUUCAACGGGCACAUACAUUUUAUGUGGGCAUGACAUUCCUGCGAGGUUGAUGGCAGCAGCUAAUAAGAGUUGGUUUCCGCUUUCUGCUAACUACAGGAAGCUUCCUGAAGACGUGCUUUUCACGGGAAUAUUCGCAGAAAUUGCUAAUAUUCGGCGGACGCACAUCGGUGGAAUGUCGUUUAUUGACGCUCCAGAAUAUAUUUGCAGGGGUGCAAUGCGUGCGUUCAGUCUACAUAUGAACCGAGUCCGAAAUCCGUCGUUUUACCUGAAAAGGCUUAAAACUAUGGAGGGACAUGUUUGUCCGUUGUGA